CAACCAGAUCGAUAAUGUCGGCUCGUCUAGCAUUGAGAUCCCUCCGGACAGGCGUUCGACCGGUCGUUCCUGCUCGUGUCUUGGCGGUUCAACCCUCCAGAUUUCUAUCCACUCAACAAUCUCCCGACGAUAGAGCGGCAGCUAUCAUCAAUUCUGUCCCUUCCACUUCACUCUGGACCAAAACUGGUGGGAUCGUAUUGGGGACAGCUGUGACUGCUGCGGCAGUGUCCACGGAGAUUUAUGUCGCCAAUGAAGAAACCGUCCUCGCUGUCGGCUUUCUCGUCCUUCUCGCUGCUAUCGCCCGUUCCAUCGGUUCACCAUACACCGCCUGGGCGGAGAACCACAUCAAUCGUAUCAAGGACGUCCUCGGUUCUGCCCGUGCUGAGCAUACAAAAGCGGUGACGGAACGUAUCGAUUCCGUCAAUCUUCUCAAAGACGUCGUCCCCCUCACCGAGCAAUUGUAUGCCGUCGCAAAGGAGACCAAUGCCCUCGAGCAUGAAAACUUUCUCCUUCAACAGGAGCAAGCGGUCAAGGCCGAAUUGAAAUCGGUCCUUGACAGUUGGGUGAGGUACGAGCAGCAACAGCGUGAGGCUGAGCAGGCGGCUUUGGUCAAAACUGUGACGGAGAACGUGCAGUCCGAGUUGGCCAAGCCUGCUUUCAAAAAACAAUUGCUAGAGGAGGCUUUGGUGCAGGUUGAGCAGAUUUCGCGGUCGAAACAGAUCUAAAGGACCUGUAGUUGGGUGGAUGGUGCUUGAGAUCGCGAUGCGGCGAGCAGAGGUCAGCACUUGCAUGAGGAGGUCAUAAGAGGGGAGUGUGGACGAUAGGCGAUACUAGAGCCUUUCCAGGCGUACAAAAUGCAACAAAAUGGUUCGAGGUUG